CGAUAUCCUCCGAGGGGCGUAAAUACAACAUUACUUCACUUAUAGAAUCAUAUGACAGCUGCAGAGAGGCGGGAGUUUUGCGUCCCCCACGUCUCCAUCAUCUUCACCAAUAUUUAUCAUUACCAUCUCCCUUCAGUCAAAAUGGAGCGAGUGGAGGAACUGAGACAGAAUAUCAAGGAGGCAUUUGAAGCAUUUCACGGAGUUCAGGAGGAAAAAUGGCAGUUGGUACAAGAUUUUCACAACUCGGUCAUGGAAAUCUUGCUUAAGGAAGUGUCUGAUAACUUCCGAGCCAACUUGGAGGCGUAUCUGGAAAUGAGGAACGAAAACUUGCACGUGACUCUCAAGAAUAUGGAUGAAUGUCUGAACCAGGCGUCUGCAGCACACGCUGACAUUACGGACUACAGGAUGCAACUCAUGCAGGCGUGCAAUCACAACAUCCAGCCGCCCUUUAGCGCCCCGGAGGAAUCCAUACUGGUGAAUGGGCAAGGAAUAAAGGAUCUGCACAAUGUCUCCAGUGAGGCAGAGCAGUGUGUGAUGGAGGUCAGUGAGCUGCAGGAACAGGCGUGCACCCUCAUGAACACCUUAUGGGAAAACAUCCCACAAAUGAUUGACACGAUGGUGAACGAGGCAGUGGUCGAGGUGAAAAAAUAUGACGAGAGGCGGUUGCGGAAGGCCGAGGAGACGUGGCAGCGAGGCAUUGAGGAGCUGAACAAGGCAGUGCAGGUGCUGGAGAACAUGGAGAAAGUCAAGCAGCAAAUAGAAUGUCUUUGUCGAAUGUUCAGGAAACCAGAUAACUAAAAUAAUGCAUCACUGGCACUGCAAUACAAGGACGCCAUUCUCAAGCAUUCCUUCGCCUCAUCCGGAAUGCUUUCGGCAGGCUCUAAUAAAAUUAUCGGAUGCUUAUAAUGGUGUUGUCACAACUGUUGUAAGGAUUCUGCAUCAUUAGU